AUGAGCUUUAUAAGAACCAUACAAGAGACAGGGACAAUGGCAGAUUCAAUAAGGUUUCUAGUCGAGUUUCUACCACGUAUCGGAACUACGUCGGUGGUUUUGGAUGGUAUCAAAGAGCCUAGUUUAAAAUAUUCGGAUUCUGGUAAGAUUACAGUACAAGAUGGGAGAGGUGAACGUUUGGAUAUAGCAUUACCGUACAAUCCUGGAAAAGUUAACUCAAAGAGGCUAGUUAAAGUCGGUGGUAGUGAUAGAGAUGAGUAUCUUCUCACUUUAAAGUCAGAAGAUGUUCCAAUGGAUAAGUCUCGCAAUGAUGUAUUAAUGAUGCCGCAGAUGAAAUGGAGCAAGCGCCAACUAAAUGGUCUAAAGAAUUUUAAGUUAUGCUGCAUACAAUGCGAUAUGGAUAUAAUUGAUCAUGACAAUUGCUUUAGAUUAAAUGAAAUGCCAUCUGAGUUUUGGAUGGAAUUAAUGGAUUACUGGCACUGUCAUAAACCGCAAGAUAAGACAUCCGAAUUCUAUUCACUACAAAAGAAUUCACUAAGCCCGUGUCUAAACGAAAUUCUUAUUGGGGACUCUUUUUUUCAAGCCCUUGAAGAUACCUUUGCCGGUAGGACGACUGUUGUGGAUGAGAAUAUCGCUAUGUGUUCCAAUUGUAAGAAACCAUUGGGCAGAAGGACUAGUGAUCGAAUGUUGAGGAUUCCUAAAUGGCAACUGCGUUUGAAAAGUGACGGUGUUUGUGACGAUGUUUUCCCAGCAGAAUCUGAAAUUAUAUCUAUUUUACUCAAUUGCAACAGGGCCAAUUCUACAAGAUAUAUCUUGUUAAGAUCCGGUAACACACAACUCUACAUCUGGUUAUUUUCCAUGGGAAUUGAAGUUACCUUGGCUAAUGGAAAAUCACUGCAUAACUGCCUCAAAAUCUUUUACAGUGAUGUAAUUCCUUCAAAUGUAGGGUUUAAAGCUAAUAUCGAUGAGGAACAAGUAGAUAAAGUUCCAUUAGACAAAUUUGUCGAUGCAUUAGAAACUACAAAUUCUAUUUUGCCCUCUAGCAAACAACGGUUUGGAACUUGGAAGAUAAGUUAUUUAUCAGCAGCAGUAGAGUGA